AUGUGGAGAGAAAAUGGGGAUGAAGGGGAGGGAAAGAGGGGAGAAAAGGUGAGAGAAAGAGAAGGAGGGAAAGAGGGGGAAAGGGGAGAGAGAAAAAGGGGAAAAAGAGAAGGGGAAGAAAGAGAGGAGAGAAAGAGGAGGGAAGUAAGAGAGAAGGGGAAGAAAGAGAGGAGAGAAAGAGGGGGAAAGAAAGGGGAGUGGAGAAAGAAGGGUGAAAAGAGAGAGGGGAGAAAGGGGAAGGGAAAACAGGAGGGAGAGAAAGAGAGGAUAUACAGGGGAGGUUGGAGUGUAAAGAGGGGAAGAACGUGGUGGGAGAGAGAUAUGAGUUUGAAGGGAAUUGAGAUAGAGAAGAAAGAGAAGAGAAUGUGGUAA